UGUUAUUGCUUAGUUCUGGGGACGCGUAAUGCAUCAUUCGCAAUCCUAAUCCCUAAAUAUUACGAGCACCGUCUUCCUGAUUGAAAGGGCGACAGGAGUGCAAAUAAAUCCGAGUGCAAAUAAACCCGAGAGACUGGUUGCGAGGAAAAAAGUCUGGGCAGGGAGAGAGAUCGCACAAACGUCUCCUGUAACCCGGAGCCUUUAGAGACGGCCAGCGUGAAAUGAAUUCGCCGCGUUUGCCACGACCACGCUAAUAUUUGCAUGUAGCUUGUUAUCGAAGACAGAGAUUUCAUCGACUUUUCUAUGCACCUGCAUUGGGGAUAAUUUUUUUCCUUUAAAAGAAAAAAGAGGAAAAAUAGCGGAGAUUCAUAAUACCUAAAAGAUUUAUUACGCUAUAAACGAUAUGGAUGACCACCAUGAAGCAAAAGAUGAGAUGCGGUGUGCAACAUCACAAGAGAAAACAAAAGUCAGAGAGGAAAGUAAAAGGAAACGGAAGCGAAGCAGAAGCAGAUCCUCCUCCAUCUCUUCCUCUACAUCUUCUAGUUCUUCUACAUCCUCCUCUUCAAGGUCUUCUUCCAGGUCUUCUGCCUCGCAAAGCAGAAGCAGUUCAAGUGGCAGAGAUUCUUCAAAAGUAAAAGCUAAGAAGAGGAAAAAGGAAAAACACAACAAAAAGAAAAGGAAAAAAGAGAAGGUGAAAAGAAAGAAAGAAAAGAAGAGAAAGAAAGAGAAAUCAAGUCCUGUACAGCUUUCUAAAUAUCUCAAAGAUAAAAAGAAGAAUCAUAACUACAGUAUGAUCACAGGAAAGAAAAUUAAGAUGAAAAUAAAGAAGAGUAAAAAGGAUAAAGAGCGAGAUCGGAACCGGGCAGAACUUCUUGAUUUCUUGAACUCUACUUUUUAGUGAAAAAGCUGUUAAACAAGGACCAAUAAGUCUGUCAGCUUAUUCAGUCAUCUUGCUCCUUAAAGCACCAAAUACGAGCUCAGGGUGAAGCAUGAAAGAACAUCUUGAUGCAUGAGGAGUUGAAAUUGUUCCACUAUGAUGAUAAUUGACAACUCCUUUAAGAAGGGCAAAAUAAUUGGUGACAUUUUAUCAAUAAAGAGCCAUAUUGAAGUUGCAAAGAACCUAACCAAACUAGGACGAAGGCAUAACCAUUCAUUAAAGUGAAAGGAUGUGUUGGAAUAUCCAAAUUGCAUGCAGAAUGCAACUUUAUCAUCUGUUGUCCUUGGUCAUUUUUCUGAUUAGCCAAAUAAUAGCAGAGAAGUUCUUAAAGAAGAAUCAGACCCUUGUAUAUAAAUAUUUUUAGUAUUGAGAAUAUUUGCAAACAGCAAAAUACCUCUUUCUGAGUUGUGUAUGUUCUCUAAAGCAUUGAGUAACAUUUUUUAAAUCAUUUUUCUUUUGUAAAGUGUUUUCUUUUUAAAGUUAGUAAAAAAAAACACUCUAAUUUCAAUUUAUCUAAUGAGGUGCUAGGCAUUUCAUUUAAAAAUUCUGGCGUGGUACAACUAUUAAAUGAAUAUGAUGAAAUUAGUUUAUUGCCCACUGCUGCUUGGUUUUUUUCUUAUUUUGGGUAUGAUGACCAUUGAUCAGUAUUGUGGCCUUUCCUUCAGAGAGGCAUGUAUCGAAGUCCACAUUAUGAAAAUCUCAGUGGGAUACCAAUUUCAGUUGAGUGUAAUGAUAUGACUAACAGAGUGCUCAAAAAACUGGUUGUAGUAUGUAACCUCACAGUGUGUGAAGUUUCAUUUUAUCAGAAAAAUCCAAUAAAAAGCUUCUGAAUUUGAGGUAAAUUGUUUUAGUGAAAUAUUAACAAGCGUGAAGAAAGCCUAGGAUUAGAAUGAUGCUGUUGAGAACUUUAGCUACCAUAUAGAUUUUUCUUUCUCCAAAACACUUAAUAAGGAAAAUGUUUAAUGACUUAACAGUUUGUCUUCAUUUUUGCACUUUUUAAACAUCACACCCUUAGAUGGUUUGUUUACCACGAACACACCCAAAACAGUUACCAUAUCUUUAUAAUUUAAAACAAUAAUUUAUUGAAAUAUUUGUAAAUAAUUAAUUUAUCAAUAGUUAAAAUAUAGUUA